UCCCAGAUCACUCCUAGAAAUAAACUAAACUGAAGCAAACAAAAUUCAGUACUCAAACGAGCUAUAUCUCACUUACCACAACAUAAAGAAUUAUACUAGUUUUUUUUUCAGUAAUAAAUGGAAAGUGGAAGUUUCUUUUCAGGGUCACAACAGAAAUAUUCCUCACACUAUUUAUGCUUCUCUGUUUCAAUUUCCAAGUGCCUAUUAAUAAUAUUUUGUUGUUAUUACAUCAUCACACGUUUCUGAUUUCUUUUCCCUCUUUGUUCUUUCUCUCUGGAGGUUGUUGAACUGCGGCACAUUUAGUGGGCAUGAAUUUCUGAGGGCAUUACCAUGGAUCUUGAAAGUGGGUUUUAUCAGAAUCAUGUUAAGAGAGAGUCUUGGAGAACUGUAUUUACAUUGGCGUAUCAGAGUUUAGGUGUAGUGUAUGGGGAUUUGAGCACAUCGCCAUUGUAUGUGUACAAGAGCACUUUUGCUGAAGAUAUAGAGCACACUGAGACAAAUGAUGAGAUUUUUGGAGUUCUUUCCUUCAUAUUUUGGACAUUGACUUUAGUCCCUCUUUUGAAGUAUGUGUUCAUUGUGCUGAGAGCUGAUGACAAUGGUGAAGGAGGCACAUUUGCAUUGUAUUCACUCUUAUGUAGGCACGCCAAAGUUAAUUCGCUGCCUAGUUUUCAGUCGGCCGAUGAGGAUUUGUCGACUUAUAAGAAGGAUAUAACGAGCCCUGCUCCCUCGACUGUCAGGGCGAAGAUUAAGUCCACUUUGGAGAAAUACGGAGUGUUGCAGAGGGUUUUGCUUCUCUUGGCUCUGCUUGGUGCUUGUAUGGUGAUUGGAGAUGGCAUAUUAACUCCGGCUAUUUCCGUUUUCUCAGCCGUUUCUGGCGUAGAACUUGCCAUGGCUAAGGAGCAUCAUAAAUAUGUAGAAGUCCCAGUUGCUUGUAUCGUACUGAUAGCCUUGUUUGCCCUUCAACAUUAUGGCACUCACAGGGUUGGAUUCUUGUUUGCACCGGUGGUCCUAACAUGGCUCUUGUGCAUCAGUGCUAUCGGUUUAUAUAACAUUUUCUACUGGAACCCUCACGUGUAUCAAGCUCUCUCUCCGUACUACAUGUAUAAAUUUCUCAAGAAAACCCAACGAGGAGGUUGGAUGUCGUUGGGUGGAAUUCUACUGUGCAUCACUGGUUCAGAAGCGAUGUUUGCAGAUCUUGGACACUUCUCUCAGCUGUCAAUUAAGAUAGCCUUCACAUCCAUUGUCUAUCCGUCACUAGUCCUCGCGUAUAUGGGGCAAGCUGCUUAUCUUUCCAUGCACCACGAAUUUCAAAGUGAUUACCGUAUCGGCUUUUAUGUGUCCGUACCUGAGAAAUUGAGAUGGCCAGUGCUGGUGAUUGCUGUUAUGGCAGCGGUGGUCGGAAGCCAGGCCAUCAUAACCGGAACCUUUUCCAUCAUAAAACAGUGCUCUGCUCUAGGGUGCUUUCCAAGAGUCAAAAUAGUGCACACGUCGUCAAAAAUGCACGGGCAGAUAUACAUCCCGGAAAUUAACUGGAUUUUGAUGGUUCUAUGUUUGGCUGUGACAAUCGGUUUUAGAGACACCAAACGGCUCGGCAAUGCUUCAGGUCUAGCAGUGAUAACUGUCAUGCUGGUGACUACGUGCUUGAUGUCUCUCGUUAUCGUUUUAUGCUGGCACCACAACGUUAUACUCGCCGUCUGCUUUGUGUUAUUCUUCGGGAUGAUCGAAGCCUUAUACUUCUCUGCUUCGCUUAUAAAGUUUUUGGAAGGAGCUUGGGUGCCUAUUGCCCUCUCAUUGACCUUCAUGAUUGUGAUGUGUGUGUGGCAUUAUGGAACGCUAAAGAAGUACGAAUUCGACGUCCAAAACAAGGUCUCGGUUGACUGGCUCCUCGGCCUGGGUCCGAGCUUGGGCAUUGUGCGCGUCCGUGGGAUCGGCCUCAUCCACACGGAACUCGUUUCUGGGAUCCCAGCCAUCUUCUCCCACUUCGUCACCAACCUCCCCGCCUUCCACCAGGUUCUCGUGUUCCUUUGCGUGAAAUCGGUCCCCAUCCCCCACGUCAAACACGAGGAGCGGUUUCUCGUUGGACACAUCGGCCCGAGAGAGUAUCGCAUGUAUAGGUGCAUCGUCAGGUACGGUUACCGGGACGCCCACAAGGACGAUCUGCAGUUCGAGAACGACCUCGUGUGCAGCAUCGCAGAGUACAUCCGAACCGGAAGCACGGGGCUCAACGGUAAAGACAAGGACGUGACGAGACAGAACGAAGACAUGAUAGUGGUCGGGACUCCCUCGACUCAUCUGCACGGGAUUCAGUUAUGCGAGGACGACGGGGUGAACCCGGACGUGGCCGGCACGUCCGAGCGCAGAGAGAUACAGUCGCCUCCGGCCCCGCCCAUGAAGGCGAGGAAGAAGGUUAGGUUUGUGAUCCCGGAGAACCCAAAGAUCGACCGAGGGGCGCGGGAGGAGCUGAGGGAUCUGAUGGAUGCUAGGGAAGCUGGCAUAGCCUAUAUCUUGGGGCAUUCAUAUGUGAGAGCUAAGCAAGGGUCAAGUUUUAUGAAGAAGAUGGUAAUAAAUUGUGGUUAUGAUUUUUUGAGAAGGAAUUGUAGGUCUUCAACUCUUGCUAUGAGCUCACCUCAUUCUUCAACAUUGGAAGUGGGAAUGGUGUAUCAUAUAUGAGUCUUCUUGAUUUGAGUUACUCUCAACAACAUUGUGCAUGUUUUCUUUUUCUUCCUUUUCUUUUGCUUUUUGUUUAUUUAUGUUGUAGAUAGGAAGCUUUACAUGUGUUGCUGAGGAUGAUGAGUUAAAAUAGCAAAAUCUAUAGUAGGAGUUGAUGACAUUUUGUUUAGAUUAGUAAGUUUACCAUUAUUGGGCCUACGUGUUUUGGGCUGACUAUAAUAAAUAAAUUCUUGGAUA